CUCAGGAUAUUAAAGAGACCAGAUUCUGGGAAUUUCAACUCAGGCCAAUCAGCACAAGAAAAAAAUGAAGGUCCUAUCAGAAAGUCUCUUGCAGAAAGACAAGCAGAAUAUGCAGAAGCAAGAGCUAGAAUUAUGGGAUCUACUUGUGAAGGAGGGGAAGUGUUAUCAAGUGGCCCCGAUGGAACCAAAGGAUUCAACAUCAGAAGAUGAUCAGCGCCAGAUCAAAACCACUACACUGCAACCAGACUACCAGGCUACCAGGGGAUUUGUUGUCUUUGUCCAUGCAAAGGCCAGGUCAGCCUGGUAUUAUCUGUUAUGAUUUGGUCUGUUUGAUCAUCCUGUGUCAGGAUUGGUCAGUCAAGAAUACCAGUAGCAUUGCAUGUAGCCGUGAGUGCAACUGCGUCCCUUAUUAUUUCCCAAGGAAGAGAAAUAUGGAAAGAAAAAUUUCGUUCAUUAUACAAGCAGGCAUGCCGAGACAUACAGGACUCAGGUGACGAAUAGAMRAUGUAUASUUGUAUUCUGCGCACUUUUUCAUGUCUGUUAAAACAGUCCUCYUAAGGCGUUGUAAAGUUGUUUUUCCUGGUAAAAAUUGAGGUUGUGCCGUUUCUACAAAGAAAAUAUAGCAACGGAUUUUAAGGAGAUUUUUUAGAGGACUACUUAGAGGACUACUACUUAUUAUGCUUUGUUAUACAAAAUGGCGCUAUUACGGCACAUUGCCUAUUUGCCUAUAUGCAUGUGAGUCUGUCGUACGACUUUCAUAUAUGGAUGUCCAUAUGCAUGGCUCUGAUGUACCUAUAGAACGCUCUCAUGUCCCUAUAGAAAGUCCAUUGAUUAAAUAUUCAAUCUUAUGUACAACGCGGUGUUAUUCACGAAUGCCGUUGCAUAAAUAUCAGAAAAAAGUUAGGUUCACUCAACCGAAUUGAUCUCUUGUCUUAGAGCGGUUUUCGUGUGAGUGGGACACUGUUACCACACGGUUACCGCACAGUUACCGUACCUGGCCUGCACAAUUUUGGUGAACCAAUGGGGCACUAGAAUUUGGUUACAGUACGAUUACGGUCACAGUACAGUACCGUCCGUUUCCCACUCAUACGAAAUCCGCUCUAAUUGUUAAGUUUAGGGAAAUUAUAGGGUUAGGCAAUGCAUACAUUUAGCAUGGUUCAAGGUUUAAGAGGUUAAUACUUUUCCAUAUUUAAAAAUCUUUUCUUUUUAAGUGUUCUUCACAUAAUAGGGACAUGAGAGCCUUCUAUAUGUACAUGCACAACCCCGAGGGCAUAACCAUAUAUGGAAGUCGUACGACAGAUCCUUCUCAUGCAUGAUGUAACUCUAAAAUAUGAGCACAGGAGCCCAAUGAGACAUUGUCUAUCAUAACCAAAAAAGCUAGUGUUAUGUUCACAAGUUCAAAGUUCCAAAGACUAUUCUUGUACCAAAUCACCAACCUUAGAUAGAAGACUUCACAUACUUAAGAGUGCAAUUUGUGACUUUUUCAUUUGUCCAACCCGUUCGUCUUUUUUCGCAAUUACAAAAUGUACAAUGUUAAAAAAACGUCAAGGAACACCGUGCACAGAUCGUUCAUUUUAUCCUCAYUUGCUCAUUGUACCUAGACAACUCCUAGUCAACUGAUCCUAUAUGUAGCAUGGUUGUAGCUGGAUGGGAUACUCACAGACCAGGUAAUCCAAAUGGACUCAAGUUAAUUUGAAACCUCUUAGAAUUAUUUAUCAAAAAUAUCUGAAAUUAAAUCCAUCAAACCGAUAGUUUCUUAAACCUUACCCUAGGACUAGAGCUACGAAUCUAAGUGAUACCUGGUUUCAAAGGAUACUAUCUAGCCACUAACCUAUCUGUAUGGGUAGCCACUUCAAAACACAGCCGAGUCGAUCCAAACGUGCACGCAUGCUAGGAAAUGUCUGAACCUAGGCGAAUGAUUGUUUGCCGAAGUAACGUUGGCAUAUAUCAGGCCGCUUGCAUUUCAAAAUUAAAUCUUCGCAGCAAACAUUGUUACAUCACGA